AUGCUUGAUUCACACAUGAACCUAUUAUCUGCUACGACUUACAAAAAAAGCACUUCGAGGAUUGCGCCUGCAAGACCGCAUUACGUCGCCAGAGUCAAAAGGGAGCGUGCAAACUUGCCCAUCACCACAUUUGUCGAUCCCAACAAAGAAUCAUUCAGAGUUUGCGAAGACAAAGCUGCUCAACAACUGGAACGGAAACUUGCCAAGUCUCGCGCACGUAAAAGAGGGACCAAAGCUUACGAAAGUCCGAUCAUGGAAUUAAUGACCUGCAAAAAGUUCAGAGUCGCAAGACGUCAAUGUACCGUACAGUUUAAUCCCUUGACCCCGGGUUUCUAUUCCAAUUGGAUGUUACCAUCUUACCGACUAAAAUUUUGA